AUGAAUUAUAAUUAUCCAAAUAUUCGCAUACUUAUGGUUGGUGUAGGUGGUAUAGGAUGUGAAGUUUUAAAAAUGGUGAGUAAAUUCACAUUCUAAGAAUUCCACAUAAUAGAUAUGGAUACAAUAGAAGUAAGUAAUCUAAAUCGUUAAUUUCUAUUUCGAUUAGAACAUCGAGGUUAAUCAAAAUCUCUUGUUGCAGCUUAAACAAUGAAAAAGAUGGCACCAUAAUUAAAUAUUAUAGCUCAUUUCGCUGCUAUAAAUUCUCCUGGUUAUACUAUGGAUUUCUUUAGAUAAUUUGAUGCUGUAAUAAUGGCAUUAGAUAAUGCAGAAACAAGAUCUUAUGUUAAUAAAGUAUGUCAUGCAUUGGGUAUAUUUAUUGUUGAUGCUGGAUCUAUGGGAUUUAAAGGAUAAGCUAAUGCUUAUUAUGAAGGGACAGUUUGUUAUGAUUGUUAUCCCAUUGCCACUACUUAAAAAUAAUAUCCAGCAUGCACAAUAAGAUCAUAACCAAGUAAUUGUACUCACUGUGUUAUAUGGGCUAAAUAUCUAUUUACAUAAUUAUUCUCAGGAGAAGUUGGAAUUCUAGAAGUAGAAGGAUUUGAUAAAACUUAACCUAAUUCUGUUUUUAGUAAAUUCUUUAAAGGAGAAGAAAUGCCUCAUUCUAUUGAUAUUAUUGAUCAUUAAUUAAUCUAAAAGUAUCAUUUCUCAUCAAGAAAAGAAUCUAUUGAAGAAUUACAAGGAAUGUGGUUUUAUACUUAUAAUUAACUUAAUCAAUUAGGAGUAUUAUAAUAUGAUAAAGAUGAUGAUCUUCAUGUUCUCUUUAUUUAUGCAAGUACUGCCUUAAGAUGUAGAAAUUUCAAUAUUGAAUAAUAUGAUUACUAAUAAAUUAAAUCUAUUAGUGGUAAUAUUAUUCAUGCUAUUGCAUCUACUAAUUCUAUUGUUGCAGCUUUAGAAAUAUAAAGAUUAUUAGCUUUCAUUUAAAAUCACCACAAAAUUUAAUAUCUUUAAGAUUUAAAGGCUGCAUCUUAUGUCUAAACAGGUAAAAAGGAAAGAAUCUUAACUCUUAAUGCUGCUAUUCCUAAUCCUUUAUGUAAUUCUUGCUUUCACAAUUAAAUUUAUACUAAAAUUGAUUUCUCAGUUGUUAAGAUUGUUGAUUUAGUCACUUCACUUAAAAAUCAUUUGAACUCUGAACUAAAUAUUGUUUCUCUCUCCCGUAUUAUAUGGGAUGAUGAAGAUGAAAACGAUAAUGAAGCUAUUAGAUAAAAAAAAUUAAAUGAAUUAUUCAAAUCAGAUUUAGAUAAUAGAUUGAUCAUUAAAUCUAUUGAAGAAAAAUUCUUAGCUGUCCUUUGGUUAUAACAUCUUACUGAUUAACUUCAGAUCUAAUUUAUACCUACCAAGAUUGAAAAUAAAAUACUUAGAUUGAAAAAUCCUCUAUAAAACAAAAAAAAAGAAAGAAUAAGAACAUAAUAAGAGAUCAAAGAAUUAAAAGAAACAGAAAUCCUUCCUAUCAAAACUUCAGAUAAAUUUAAGAUAAUAGCUUAAUAAAAAACUGAAAUCUUAAUUGAUGAAGAGUAAAAUGAAUAAACUCAACAAAAAAAGAAAAUCGAAUUAAUCAUAGAUUGA